AUGUCGUCUCCAACUGUCCAGCCUUUCCUGCAGACGCCAGGAUCAGGUGUCAACUUUGGUGCUGUGGUCUCUGGUGUAGACAUUGACAACCUGCGAGAUGGCGAUUUUGACGUGAUCCGCAAUGCCCUUUUUACCCAUCAGGUGCUUAUCAUCAAGGGCCAGGGGCAUGUCUCUGCCAAAGCGCAGUAUGAGAUUACCAAAGCCUUCGACCCUGAAGCUGCAGGCGCCUACGGACAUGGCAAGACAAUCGACGCCAAGAGAUCGGUACUGCACCCGGACCUCAAGACCAUCCCACACCAGCCACAGGUGCAGGUGAUUGGGAACGGCUUCGUGGCAGAGUAUGAGGGAUUGAAGGAUUUUCAACUCAAGCACCCACACCAUCGGAGUUUUCACGCCAGUAUUGUCCCUGACGAAGAUGAUUUGGUGGCGACCAGGUUCUACAGAUGGCACAUUGAUGCGGCGCUUUAUGGCCUGGCGCCGCCCGUCGCAACCACGCUCAUGGCUGUCAGGGUGCCAGGUGGUCGUGACCAAACAGUCCGCUACGACGAUGGUAGUGGCGAUGAGAAAACCGUACCUCUGGGUACCACGGCAUUCGUGUCGGGCUACACAAUGUACGACAGCCUGUCGCCCGAGGACCAAGAGUUUGCUCGCACGACCAAAGUCGAGUACGCGCCUCACCCCUACAUCUGGAUGUCCAAUGCAAAGUCCCGCUCCGAUGGCCUCGGACUAGUCUCGGAGGGUAAGGAGCUUCCCUUGUCCGAUCUGCCGCCUGUGGAGUGGGCCAAGGUGCAAACUCUACCCCUAUGCUGGACCAACCCAGUGACGGGAAAGCUCGCCCUACAGGUUCACCCGGCCGCCAUCCGUAGGUUGCAUCUCCAGAACGGCUCUACCAUUGAGGACCUGGAGCAAGUGAGGGCCCGGAUCCAUGGUCUUCAGCGACCCGGCAUUGCACCCAAUAUGGUCUACGCGCACGACUGGGAAGAGGGCGACUUUGUCAUCUUCCACAACCGUGGUCUUAUCCACUCUGUAGUUGGUGCAUUUGCAGAGGAUGAGGUCCGAAUGUUCCGACAGUGCAACAUUGCUGGUAGCAAGUUGCCGACCGGACCACAAGAUGUAACUGCAUAA